AUGGAUUGUGUGAUCGCUGCGGAGACGCAGAUAAAUUGGAAGUAUUAUUUCGUUAUCAUCAUUUUCUCUGUCGCAGAUUUUCCUUUCAGUUUGUCACAAAUUGGACAGUUUGGCUUCCAACCUUUUUCAGACCAGUUAUCACGAAGGAAAUACAAUGCUCUUAAAAAAUCAAUCAAAAGAGACCCCUAUGAAGUCUGGUAUCACAAAGACAAUUACAAAUCCUUGGGGGACAUGUCCAUUACGCCUGAGAUAUAUAUAAAAGAAACUGUGGAGCGAGCAUCAACCACACAGCGACUUCAAAAUGUUAUGGCAAAGGUUUUGCGCGGUGAGAACAUUGGCUUCGUAGUCAUGGGGGGAUCUAUAUCUGCUGGCGGUGGAUUAACCAGCGAUUUUUCCAAUCUGAGAGGGAUAUAUUAUCGAGUAUUUAUCGAUUGGUGGCAAAAAGCCGUGCAGCCGUUUACAGGAUCUGUCAUCACACUACACAAUUUAGCUCUUGGAGGGACUGCAAGCAACUUUUUCUCUUUUUGCUACAAAACCUUCAUGAGACCUGGAGAUACCAUAAACAUUGCACUCCUUGAGUUUUCUGUCAACGAUCACAUAGUUUUCAAAGACUCUCGACAUUCGAGAGCGUUAUCUCUCGAAAAUCUUUCAAGGCAACUGCUAAGUGAAGAAUCUUCCCCAGCAGUUAUAUUUGUGAAUUUCAUUGGUGGAAAUAACGCAAUUCCUGUGUGCGACAACCUAGAAAAUCACGGACAGACUUUUCUCGCUAUUCAUUAUGGUAUUACCAGUGUUAGCACGCGUCAAUCCUUAUGUCCAAAUUCGGGGAAGGUCCAUGUUUACUCCAUGUUUUCAUCAGAUCACAAUCAUGCUGGCAUUUUAGCACAUGCACAGAUCGCAAUGAUGAUUAUCAACAUCUUUCGUAAAGCUCUGCUAAAAGCCAUAGAAAGUUCUGAACAGAACUUACAAAAUCAUUUAAGUUCAUACCUAUUACCAAAAUCUGCUUUUUUUAAGGACGACACGGAAACUCUCCCAGACCCACUAUGUUAUUCUCUAAUUACACCAGAUGUAACUGAAAAAUUUUUUCGUCCUUCGCUCUAUGUCAGGGAAAUCGCAAAUAUGGGGUUUACGAAUAUUCGUGGUAUUCCUAUCGGGUACCGUAAAGAAACUGUUGUACAAACUGAACCCGCACCAGUGCGAAAUGAUGGCUACAGUGGAUGGAAAGCAGAAGCAGCGUAUUCUACAUUAAAGCUACGAUUUUUCGUACCUUUCUCAAGAUCUGAAAUAAGCAAUACCGUUGUCAUAGCGUUUCGCACCACUGGUGGAGGUGGAAAAGCAAAGGUGUGGUUGGAUAACGACGAGGCUGGUGUUAUGGUUGACACUUCCUCUAACUUUGGACACACAAGGCUCAUCCCCGUCGCCUAUCACGUGCCCUUUGGAAGUCACGUACUGAAUUUCAAGACAGUAAAUGAUGGGAAAUUUGUGCUGUGUGGUGUAAUGCUUGGAGCUAAAAGUCAUCUAGUUAAUGAGAUGAAGUAAAUGCAUCAUAGGAAUUUCCUUUUUCCCAUCACUGGCGAGAUGAACUAAUGUAGGAGGGCCACGCUGGGAAUCGGACGAUGAGAAAUGAAAGCUGGAUUAUGUUUUUCCAGUUUCCUAUUUCAAAACCAACCAAACCUUUGCCAAUCCUGCUACUCUUUUCAAUGGAUUAAGUUACUUAGGCUGGGGCCGUUUGUGUUAAGUGGACAGAAUCGACUGAGAUAAUUGUAGGUGUAAAACAGUGUACAUAGGGCGCGCUUAAUAUGUAAAGGAACAUCUCAUGAUACAACUGUCUAUGUUACAAAUUUUGGAUUAAAGUUAAAUGUUCUUGCAUAAAAGUUUUUAAAUGAAGUCAAAUUCAUUGAUGGCUAUUCCAGAAAAAAAUGUGCAAAAUGGAGCUUGAAGCAUUCAUCUUAAUAAAAAAAGAAAAUGUUAUUCUACAUGUACUAGGUAGCUAACUCCUUUAUUUUUACGCUUUUCCCUCCAUGAAAGCUUAGAAAUGUUAUGCGUUCACAAGAAAUAAAAGAAAUUCAAUUCCAUUCGGUUUUACACCAGUUCUAAAGUUCUGGGAAGUGUAAUAGAUAGUGACUGUAGAAAUAAGUUUCCAGAAAUUUCUAGAAUUCUUAGUCAUACUGGCAUGCACACCAUGGAACUUUGUAGAACAUUCUACUAGUUUAAUGAUAAAUACUUAAUAAUUAACACUACUAAAAUACUUGUGUGUAAGCUUCUGGAAUGUUCUAGAACACUUUGUAAAUGUAUAUAAGGACUCGGCCGUGUGAUAAUAGUAGUUCUUGUUGUUGCAGUGUGUAGUCAGUCGAAAGUAACUGUGGCUACGCUUUCAUGAAUUUUUUUUUUCUAAGUCCUUCUCGGACAGUAAAGAGAAGCAAAGUUUUCGAGAUUCGCAACUCACUUA